AUUGAAAGUGUCCGAGGAGGGCGCGAGGUGGGGUGGUGGGGGGGUACGUGGUGGAAAGAGGGGCUGGAAAAGAAGCAGAGAGGGGAGGAGGGGGUGUCACACACACCGAGGAGGGAGACACGGGCAGACACUCAGCCGGCCCACUGGUGUAUUCAUCCCGGUCACAUCUACGGCCACCGGGGAAGUCUUGCAGGAGCAUCCCGGAGCGUGGAGCAAGCAAGGAGGACGCUUCCACGUUCUUCACUGCGCUCGCCCGUGGAAAGUGUCGCGUUCGGGAACUGUUGGAAGUUGAGUGGAGUAAAGAUCGUCCCCCCCGAGUUCUUCAUCACAGUAAGUCUUCGCUCACAAGGAGGUGAAUGGACCUCCAUCGCCCCUUCAAGAUGGACAGCUCCUCCUACAUGCCAGCUCCCCUCGCUUCCCCCGCUCUCAUGGUCCUCGCCUCCACCGCUGAGGCUGGCCGAGAUGCGUCCGUCCCCUGCCAGGCGCCCAGGCCCUUUGGGAUCCCCGUUUCGAUGGAGAAAGACCUCCACCUGCCCUUCCCCUCGGCAUCCUACACCUUCGCUUCCAUGUAUCAGCGCCAGGGACCGGUGUCAGGCCCCUUUCCUGGCCGAGACUUCCCGGCCUCCCUACUGCACCUGCACCCCCAGUUCACCCCACCCAACCUGGACUGCUCCACCCUGGGCAUGCUCCACCACAGCGGGGUCGGCGGCGCCUUUCGGCCUUUCUCAUCACCGCACGACGAGAGGGAGUCGAUCGGUUACCACUCGGCCUUCACGCCCGCAAAGAGGCUGAAAAGUUGCUUCUCGGAGGCGGACGGUAAGGACUUUGACUUUGGCUCUCCCGGAGGCUCCAUCAAAAGUGGAGAAGAUUCGGCGAGGAAGCUGUUCUCCAUGUCUGGCCUGCUUUCCGAUGGUGAGGCAUCAUCCAGCCCGGAGGAGCGCAGAGAGCACAGUGGCAAAGUGAAGGUGCUCUACGAUGCCGGAGCUCCAGUGUGUCCAGUGUGUCAGAGCGUUCUGCGACCAGGGGAGCUGCAAGAACAUAUGGAGCAGGAAUUAGCCAAACUCAGCCAGAUUCAAAUCAGUGUCACUUCGGUGCAGCACGACCACCUCAUGAGGACGCCAAAGUCUCUUUCAUUCUCUCUGCAUAUCAAACGCGAAGGAGGUCAUCCGAGCUCACCCCCUCGACCGGCUGAUGAUAUCCAUUCUGACCGAUACCAGACUUUUCUGCGUGUGCGGGCCAACAGACACACACGACUAAACGUCGACGACCUCUGCUGGUGCAGGUGCUACGUCAAAUCUGCCCCAUUACGCCCACACAGCACAGGAGCCCACCUAGACUGCACACAAGCUGUCAGGAUCAGCAAAAUGAAACGGAGGAAACCAGACGAGGGUCAGGAGGUCCCUGCAGACACAACACCAUCAGAGGAUGAGUGGAACGAAAGGCGGAAGAUACAGAUGAUGUCGCUCGUCGGAGGGUUCAAAGGUUCAAUGUUGGUGAGCAGCACGUCUAAAGAAGGUCGGGACAGCGACGCAGACCUCGACGUGGAUGGAGACGACACCUUAGAGUACGGCCGAGUCCAAUACACAGAGACAGAUGUGAUCAUGUGUUCCGGGGAAAACAACAAGGAGACGACAGCUAACAGUGGCGGAACAUUGCCCGACUCUGGAGUACACCGGGAAAUUUCCAAAUGGUCAAAUGAAGAGAGUCCGUCCACAAGCAGUGGAGAUAAAAUUGAUGCAAGCACAGCUGUUCUUCCCAAAACCUGCAAAAACAAUGACAUCGACAUACUCCCUGAAGACUCUGCGUUGACAUCCCUGGAUGCUCUUAAAUCUCGGAUACGGGAUCUGGAAAAGCAGUUGUGUAAAGGAGACAGAUUUAAAUGCCUCAUCUGCAUGGACACUUAUUCAACCCCACUGACUUCCAUCCAGUGCUGGCAUGUUCACUGUGAGGAGUGUUGGCUCCGAACGCUGGGAGCAAAGAAAUUGUGCCCUCAGUGCAACACCAUCACCUCGCCCGGCGACUUGCGGAGGGUCUAUCUGUGACGCCAAGCCCUGUCCAAGGGGUGGACUUGUGAGCAGCUGGCCUGACUCCCACCCUCUUCCCAAUCUCACCUCACCUUGGACCUAAUUUUUAGUCAACAGAUCCACCCAAAAAAA